AUGGACGAUAACAGCACACAUACCGGUCAAUAUCGCUCGGCUUGCGCUGAAUGCCAUCGCAGGAAGCAAAAGUGCAAUCGAGAAUGGCCUUGCAAUCAUUGUCAGAAGCGCAAAGUCGCAGAUAAAUGCCGCUUCAUACAGCCAAACGCCGCCAGCUCACCGUCAGAUAGUCUUACCAACGGCAGCGAGAAGAAGCGCUCGCGCAGCCAUGACGAUGAUGAUGAGCCUGACGUGUCUGAGCCUGAGGAAGACGACGAUGAUGUUGAGUUGGCGGCUAUGGGCUACGCCGCUGGUCCUCUUCUUGAGUCAUUAAGUAUCGAUUCAAAAAAGUAUAAGAAACCGUUGGGUGAGUUGACUUGGAUUCAUCCGAGUACUUGUCCUCAACUCAAGCACGCCAUCAAUGUUUUGCCCUCAAGACCUCAGAUGGACGCCCUUGUUCAAAACUUCUUUAACAACGUCAACUACCACUACUACAUCAUCUAUCCACCCACAUUUCUUCAAGAGUAUCAGUCCUGGUGGGAUCGCAGAUCUCGCAAUCAAACGCUUUCGCUGCAGUGGACUAUACUGUUGGUCAUGGUCUGUGCCUGUGCUACCCAGCAUUUGGACGUUGGCAUAAAGCCCAUGGUCGAGAUUGAGUUAUCCGAGCCCUCCGACAAACUCACCGUAGAUUAUCACGCCGCCGCUACAGAACUUGGGAGGGUUAUUCCGCUUGGCCAUUGCCAUCUGCUCAACAUUCAGUGGAUGCUUCACUCUAUUUAUUGGUACAAGGCUGAAGCAAAAUUUGUUGAAGCUUGGCAUGUUAUUGGCGCUGCUGUUCGAGAGGCUCAUGAGCUGGGCCUUCAUCGAACUGCCAUUGCUGAAGGCCUGUCUGAGUUUGAACGAGAGAUGCGACGAAGAGUAUGGUGUAUUCUAGAAUGUUGGGACUGGCAAUUCGCUUCAGGUCUGGGCCGACCAACCAUUAUUGACCACACCGAUAUCAACGUGGAGCCACCAAGCCUGACACUCGAGGAUUUUUCGCCUUCACCAUUACUUCAUAUGAAACUCCAGUCAGAGCUCAUCACCGGCCUCGCUCAGCGAUGGGGCGCCCCCAAGAACAUCACAUCAGCACAGGAUAUUCAAGAGUACAAGUCUACUCUUGAGGAAUGGAUUCGAUGUUUUCCAGCCGUUUACGACGUUGACAACCCCGACACAUCCAAGGAUCACAAACACAACUGGAUCGUCUUCCACCGGUACUACAUUCACACAAUGGCCUAUCUCAUGAUUCUCAACCCGAUGCGUUCGUUCAUGGCGCAGGACUUCACAAAGGAUUCGCCUGCGGACUUACUAGCUGUGAGAGAAGAUGCUGUGUAUUACUCACUUAGGAACUUGGAUACGACGAAUCGAUGGGCGAAUCAGGUUUCACACCGCGACGGCAGGUUUCAUUUUAUCAUCUUCUCGCUAUUCGAUACAGCCGCCGUUCUCUCUACCGCUGUUAUCAAAGAUCACGAUGAGACAAUUCCGAAAAAGGACGAGAUUAUCGACGCGGUGGACAACUCAAUCAAACUGCUUAAGCGUCUCAAGGCGGUAUCAAAGACGGCAAAGACGUCUCACGAUAUCCUUGUCAAGAUGGUGAAUAAGAUGCCCAGGAAGAAGCCACUGCCACGAGAAAACGUCCAGCGCAAGAAACAACGCCGUGCCCCGGCAUCCUCUGUCGCACCGACCAAAGCACCCAUUCAGGAGCCCACGCCUGUCUUCAAGACGGAACCUGUGUACCAGCAGGAAUCGGGCCAGGAGUCGCAGGAGAGUUCACCGAGUUACUACGCCAGCUCAGAGGGUGCACCCUCGGGAUCUACGCCGCAGAGUAACUAUUCAUCAUACGACAACUCCGGUUACACCCAGGCACCCGUGGACGGAUACCAGAAGCCUCAUACUUAUACGUCCGUCGGCGCUGUUCACACCCAAAUAUCCCAGCAAGUCCCAUCGCCAAGCGCCGGCAUCGACGGAAUCAUCCAAGCCGGUGGAUUAUACUCGAUGCCACAGGUCAACCCUAACGUAGCAGCCAUGGUUCCCCAGCCCUACGUGGACUACCAGCAUCAGAACCUCAACAUAGACUACGGUCUAGGAAAUAUUACCGACGUGGACCUAGGAGACUUUUCGCAACUUUGGGACUGGAGGAGCCUCAACUUGGAUUUCAUCCAGAGCUCAACAUAG